UCUCCCAAUAAGAACUGACGCCCACGGCACCUCUGCACAUUGCCACCACCAGGCUCUGCAAUAAUCCAUCAAGAAUCAACGCCGCAGCGCACUGUCCAGAAGCCACCGGAGCAUGACGAGUAGCUCGAAGAGCGAGAGCCUCCUCGUCGCAGCCGUGGCUUUCGCCACGCUCCUCGCCGCCGACGCGACCGUGGAAACGACGUGCAAGGCGGCUGCCGGCGCGGACGCGCGCGUCGACUACGGCUUCUGCGUGUCGGAGCUGAGCAAGCACCGCGACAGCCCCGGCGCGGACGCGUGGGGCCUGGCCAAGGUGGCGGCCAACCUCGGCGUCAACAACGCCGGCGGCGCGGUCCGCGACGCGGAUGCCCUCCUGGGCAGGCCGCCGGGCGCGGGCGCCGACGACGCGAAGAAGAGGGCGGCGCUGGGGCAGUGCCGCAGGCUCUACUUCGACAUGGAGCUCUCGUUCGCCGGGGCGUACGACGAGAUCAACGCGCGGGACUACGCGGCGGGGAAGGAGAUGGCCGCGGAGGCCAUGGCGCUGGCGCGCCGGUGCGACGACGUCUUCGCCGAGGCCGGGGUCCCGUCGCCGCUCGCGCGGCGCGGCGAGUACGCCGGGCAGAUCGGGGUCGUGUGCACUGCCAUCACCGACCUCAUCAAGUGAUGCGUUCAGAGUUCACGUGCUCGUUCCUUUCAUCUUGUACCCAAUAACUGAGGCAUCAUUUCUUCGACUAGUCAGCUGUUUCUUCCAUCUUCCGUCAACCUGCGAGAUUGUGAGAAUGUCGGAGGCUUGUGACAACAGUCGGCAGUCGCCAAACUGAUCACUAAAGCUCACCGGAGUCCGGAGACAUGAAAAUAUUUUUUUUCCUC